GAGAACAGUCGUUCAAUCGUCUCUAGAACAUCUACGCGUAUUUUUGUCGAAACCAUCGUCUUCGUGACUCGAACGCGAGUGAUAUUGCUAAAUAAUCGGGUGUUUCUGUGUUAAUUUAAGCUGUUUGUGUUAUAAUAUGUGCAAAAUAGUGAUUUGUGGUGAAUAACGUGCAAGGACUUCAGGGUAACAAUGUCUAGUAGUUGACAUGUUUAUCUGUGUCGUGUGUGAAGAUUUUCCCUUCGCGUGAGGAGGUGUAGUGCGCUAGUGUGCGCGCUGGCGCCUUGUGUGCGUGCCGCGACCGUGGAUACGCGAGGAUCCAAUGAUGGAUUGCAUUUCCACGGAUGUAUAGAAUGUGAACUCUAUCAUCAGUCGAUCAAUGACUAUAGCGGACAAUGCGGUCACAAGCUGCAAAACCCUCGCCUAAGAAGGGAGCAUUGGGAAAGACAACUUUUAAAGCAACUACUGCUAAACAAGUAAAGAAAAAAAGAGCCACGCCGAAAAAAGCUAAGUUUCCUCCAAAAACUACACCAAAGGGCUCUAAAAAAGCUACGGGCGAUGAUACAACCAGCAAUAAGAAUGACAAUGAGCCCUCACUUAAGGAAAAAGAUGAAUCAUCAAGUGAAGCAGCAAAAACUUUACCCGUCAAAGCCCAUACAUCUCGAGAAGAUUCUCCCUCAAAAAAGUCGAAAAAAGAAUCUAAAGAGACGAAAGAUAAGGCUAAAGUACCUAAAAAAGUUGUUACUAAAAAGCCACUUAAAUUAACUAAGAAAAACAAAGCAACUUUAAAAUUAAAAAAAGAUGAUAAAAUAAAUGAUAAUAUAAAGUACAAAAUUAAUUUAGAGGCGGUUAAAAAAUCAACAAAAAUUACAAAACCUGCAGCUAAGGCAAAUUUGAAAAAAAGUAAUUUAGGAAAUCAAAAGAAAAAAGGUUCCCUUUCGAACAAAGAUUGUGAACAAGGUAAAAAAAAUGAAGAUGAAAAAAGUUGCAAUACUACUACCAUUGAAAAUGUUAGUAAUUCUGCUAAAACUGAUAAUAAAGAAGGCAAGGCUUUAUCACUUCAGUCGGAUACUAAAACUGAAAAGGUAGGGGAAUCAGAAAGAAACGAAAAUAAUAUACUUAAAAACUCUACACAAAAUCUUUCAACCAACCCAAACGCUCAAGUAGAAACACCAAAAGUCGAGACUGAGCGACCGCCUAAAUUUUUCACCUCUAGUCGGUCACCAAGGACCGUUGACAUAGACGUUAAAUGUUGCAAAAAUUCGAAAGGAAACUUAAGCGUCUCCGAAAGAUUUGUAUCUUUAAAAUCUGAUGACAACAAUAAGGAAAAAAAUACAUCAAACAAUCUCGUAUCUCAAGGUCCGGAAAUCGACGUGUAUACAUUCACUGAAAAAGUAGAUUCGCCAAAAAGUAUUCUUUCAGAUUUUAGAUCUCCUAUCACUAAAAAUAUAGGAAGAGUGCGUCCCAUAGCUAGAGUGAAAGGUACCAUUAUUGACAAAAAGACAGAUUCAGAAAGAAAAAAGUUCUCUCCACAUAGACCCAUUGAAGAGGUAGUUAAACAAUUGAAAGCCAAUAAACGGUCAGAAGAUUUAAAUACGGGUCAGAAUACUACAAAUUAUGUUCCGCCUGGUUUAGAUUUUAGCGCAUUCACGAGUGAGAAAGAAGUAGCUGAUAAACCACCCAUUGUAAGUAAAUCAUAUAAAAUGGUUGCAAGAAAAUCAAGCAUAACGGGCAAACCUUUUAGUCCGAUUAAGUUUCUUGAUCAAGAAACGUCUACACAAAAAGAGGUAAAGCCUGCGACUAAAACCAGUAAUUAUAAGAAAACUGUUAGCAAAUCUAAAAAGCAACAGAAAAAAAGUUGCUUAUCUGAUGAGGAAAUUAAUACAUCAACCUUUUCCCUAAAUACUAAAACUUUUCACUACACUUCUUCCGAAGAAAGUGUGAGUGAAUCAAAUGAUGAUAAUGAUAAUAAAGAGUCUUCAGAUUCUGACAGCUCUAAAACUAAAAAGACUAAAAAUAAAAAAUACAAAAGAAUAACAGACAGCGCAAAAAAGACUAUUUCGAAAGAGCUAAAAGAACUUUCAAAAGAUUCUUUGAUUGACUUAAAAGAUACAUCAGCUCUGUUGGGUAAUGAAAAACCUAGCAAAAGGCGAUUAAAAUUAUUAUCUAUGUGGACAGGUCCCAAAAAGCAUAGAAUGGCAUCGCUAAACGCCUUAGCUAAGGUACAUUGCUUAUAUGAGAAUGAAAGUAGAACCCAUAUGGAAUUGGGCUUAAUGAAAACUGUUGAAAGACCAGUUAUUCCAAGUACAUCUAAAGCUUCGUUGCCUAAAAAGAAGGAAGUAAAACCAAAAGAUACUGAGAAACAAGAGAGUACUUCUGAAUCCGAGUAUGAAAAUAGAAAUGACAAAGAUAAAGAAAGUUCCGAAAGCUCUGACGAUAAUCCACCUCAAAGAACAUUACGAGGUGUACCUGGAAUAAGAAGUGCCGGUAAAUAUUGGGACCCAAAAUCUUCAACCUCAUCCAGUGAAGAUAGCGAACUAGAGUCAAAGUCAAGCAAUUCUACGCCAGACAAAAAGAAAAUAACAACCAAGUCAUCUAUAGGAAAAUCUGAUUCAGAUAAACCUCCCCCUAAAAUGAAAAAAACUGCUGGAGUCCCAAUUAAGAAAAAACGUAAUAGAAACGAAAUCGUAAUGGAUCUUAAAGAUAUGGUGGUUCAAAAGCGAAUGGCUAGCUUAAACGCUACAGCUAUUUUAGCUGCAAGUUAUGAAAAGCGUUCCCCAAAAUCUAACAAAGACGAAACUACUUCAGAUUCUUGUAGUGAUGAGUCUUUUUCCCAGAAGCCAAAAAACGUGAUAAGUUCCGGCGUGAAGUCGGAAUUAAAAAACGAAGAGACUAAAAAAGAGAGCGAGGAUUGUAGCUUAACUGAGGAUAGAAAGCAAAAAGUUGAGGUUAUUGUCAAUCAAGACACAGAUGUAACAAUAACAGGUGUAUACUCAACCCAUCAUCAUGAAGGAUUCUGUACUGUCUCGGGAAUGCAAUAUCGUAUCUCAUCAACAAGCCAUACUCAAACUACAGCAACGGCUAAUUGCGAAAAGGAUGGCUGUUCUCGAGAAGACGGAUCUCGUUAUACACCUCUCUCUGCAUUAUCAUCUAUGCAGCCUCCUGCUGAACAUACGCAUUCUCAUCCGCAUCCAGUACCAGAAUUGGGCGGGCUAACGCGCCGUGCUGCUGGUUGUUCCAGUGCCUUCUCAGCACCGUCCCCAGCUGCACAUCAUGACCCAGGAUACUAUCAGCCGGCGGGGCCGUUGAUUAAAGAAACUAGCGCAGACGCAGAGCGAGCGCUUGCAAGAUAUCACCCCCCACCGCAUUACCAUGCCCCGCACCCACCUGUUUUGCAACAGUACGGUCCUUCUUACUACCCAGCGGAGCUAUGCUACGGACGAUAUUACCGACCGCCAGGGCCCUAUCACAUGGGACCCCCACAACCUGAUGCUCAGAUGGUAAGCGUGGCAAGUGAGCCAUACCCUCCACCGCAGUAUUAUGGAACACCACCAUGCUAUCAACAUUCACCUCAAAGGAUACCAUACGUAGAAUACCGAGGAUGCUCUUGCCCAUUAAACGCGUGUCCAAAAAACGUCCUUAUUGGGCCCGCUACUGGUAAAGCCCCUACCGGUGGCGGCCCAGCGGACGUACCUUCAACCCUCGCGCUGCCCGGGGGCGCCUUCCGACCGAAGGUGCGGGCGUGCGUACUCGACUCUGCCGCCGACACUCACGGCAGCGGGAAGGACCCACCUUUGGAGCCAGAGCCACCUGGACCACCUACAGCAGCGGAUGCUCCUCACCCAUGCCCUGUACCGACCAUCGGGGGUGCUUCUCCGAAGCGAGAAAUGUACGAAAUACGGGACAAUCUUCGACUAAACGCUGACAUCCCGGGUCCAACUGAAGCCGUAGGACCACCUUCUCCGGCGAGGGGAGCGUGCGCCCCGCAACCACCGCCCGCAGCACCUCGUCGAGCUCGACUCGGCAAAGCCAUGGCUAGGCGUUCACUUGCAGGCGACGACACAGGACUGUUAAUAUCGGUUCCACAACCACCACCCGUUAAUAACAACGAUGCAGAUGAUGAUGUUCUUGCCAUAUCACCCCCUAUUUCUAUACCCAUUGAUCUUUCCUCAUCCGAUGAAAGAUCGACACCUUUGGUUGAUGUUAAAAAAGAAAAUGAAGGUCCUUUCUAUACAACCUCAAGAAAAACAGACACGCAAGCUCUUCGAGAGCACAAUUGCACAACAGCCUUAACAGAAGCAGUUGACGUAACUGAAUCCGCGAAAGCAGUUAAACGGAGGUAUUCGAGACCAAAGUUGGAAAUCAACAUGAAAGAUGUACAACUUGAAGAUGCAUGUAAAACUAACGGGAUCGGGGAGCAUGUAAAGUUGCAAAAACGGAGAAAAGUUUCUGGUGAACAUACACAUGUUACACCGACUGAAACCAUAACCAAACAACCAAAAAAGAAAUUUAAUUGUAAUAAAAGAACAUCGAAAACAUCACCUUGUGAGAAGAAAACACAAAAAAGGAAAUCAGAAAUAAGCCUUACGGAACCAAAAGUUAAAAAAACUUUACUCGAGGCGGUCAAUAAUGAAGAUCCGCGUCUAAUGAAUAUAGCAGCAGUUCCUGAUAAUGUUUUAUGUAUAAAACAUAAAACUAAAAGUGCUCUGCUUCUAGAUAACUUAAUGAAGAAAAAUAGCAUCGACAGGCCAGAUGCAAAAGGAUAUACACCAGAUACAAAGCUAAAUCCUGCUGAACUAUUUCUAGCUCCAAAUGAGAACAUUUCCCAAGGCAAUAUAAAGCAAACAUUAAAUAUAAAUAACAACAUCGUAGAGAAGAAUGUUCCUGUAAACGGCGUACGAUCGAAAACCAUUGCGGCUGUCAGCCAACUCGUGGAAAAAAAAUUAGCUUAUAGAAAUUCUUGUAAAAUUGACAAGAUAGAUUCCAAAGUUACACACAAUUUAAAAUCAGUAUUAUCAACUCCCACCGAAGCUUUAAAUAUAAAAGAGGACCAAAAUCAUGAAGUGCAAUUGAAAAGUGAAACAAAUAUAGACAAAUCUAUUUCAAGUCUUUCGGUUGAAAACGAUACUAAAAAAAAUGCUGAUAUAAAGGAUAGUUGUGAAAUAAAAUGUGCUAAUAAUAUAAUAGAAAACACCAACUUUGACAAUACAAAACCGAUAAAAUCUACGAAAUGUAUAAAAGGCAAGAUCAUGACUAACAAAUUAGAAAACACUGACAAUAUGGAUGAAUCUCAAAAACCAGAGAUGAAUUCAGAAGAAAGUCCGGUAAUAGACUCCAAUUCUUCUGAAAAGCCUGUUGAAAAUAUGGUUUUAGAUAAACCACUAUCUAAGAGAUGCAAAUUGAGUAUAGAUAAAACUAAUGGAGAAUAUAAAAGCAAAAACGUUGAGACGUUGGUUAAGUUGCUAGCGUCAAAGAAACAAGUAACAACAAAAUCAAUAGAAUCUGAAACGAACGUAAAUGAUGACGAGCAAACAGACCUCAAAAGUAAUAAAGAAAAGGAACUCGCUUUAACGAAGCGUUGUAAGCUAACAGGUGACAAAUUUAGCGGAGAAGCUAAAAGUAAAAAUGUUGAGAAGGUUGUCAAGCUACUUGUUUCAAAAAAGACAGUAAUCAAGACAGAUGAAGCUUCGCUAGUUGUCGAGGAUGCUUGUUCGUCACCGGUUCCUAAUAUAAAGAAGACUAGAAGAAGAAGAAGUGGAGGGCGACGCAUGCGACGAGUGGCAGCUCCUCUAGCACCUCCCGACUUGCAGCUACGGGCGCCGCCACGGUGGAGCAACGGAUGGAACUGGGACGGUGAAAACUACAUUUCUAAAGUUUACCUAAAUAAUGAUUCCCGCCUGGACCGCACAGCGCGCUGCUGGCCGCGCAUGACGCACGCCAGCGGCGACAGCGUGGCGCGCGGCGACUGCGUGCUGCUGCGAGCGUCGCAGGCGCGCGCUCAGCCCUUCGUCGCGAGGAUAGCCAGCUUGUGGGAAAAUCCCGAUGAUGGCGAAAUGAUGGUGUCCUUGGUGUGGUAUUAUCGGCCGGAACACACGGAGCGCGGGCGGCAGGCGACAGACGCACCCGACGAGGUGUUUGCUUCCCGCCACCGCGACGCUAACUCCGUCGCCUGCAUCGAGGACAAGUGCUAUGUGCUCACCUUUAACGAGUAUUGUCGAUACAAGAAACGGCUAAAAGCAGCCGAAGAGGGAAUUACAAUAGCGCCCUCAAUAGUCCCGGCGCUGCCUGCAAGCGAGGUGACCUCAGCGCUAGCGCCCAACGAUACCAAGCUGCCGCCCUCCGUCUCUCCAGAACUAGUACUGUUUUGCCGAAAAAUCUACGACUUCAGGUCCAAGAAGAUACACGUACCCAACAAAUGAACCACCGAUCGAAACAUUUGGAUGUCGAUUUUUACAAAAAAUAAAUUCGGGCUCGGUGAACCUCAAGAUUUUUGUAAGUAUUUUUAUUCAAUUAGGAGUGAACACCAAAGCUUGGAGUUAAGUCAAUGGGCGGUAUUUCGCGAUCGAGAAGUACCGAGUUCUAUCUCGGUUUCUCUGGCGUGAGAAUUGUAUACUUUACAUCGUAGUGUCUCGUCAAACCUUAAUUAGUACAAAACCCGAUUCCAGUAGAUUGUGUGUGACCAUUUUCCUUUUGAAUAUUCGCCGAUCGGUCGUUCUGUUGCUUGUAUUGUAAUGUAGUGAUGUUUCUUGUUUAUUAAAUUGAUUUGCAAAUUGUGUAUCAAUCAUGAUGAUGAAGUUUUGACAAUGGAUGCCUUUUUAUAAAAUAUAAGUAGUCGUAAGGAAAUCAUGAAUGUAUAAUUGUGAAUAGCAACAUGUUUAUUUUUGCUUUGGGAUUGAUGACUAAUAUUGUGUAUUCUUACUUCUGUAGAGGCAAUGAGUGUUUGUAGUAGAUGCUGACUUACUCUCUCGUGUUAUGUCUCUCGGGUAUUUCGGUCUAACAUUAUUUUCUCAUGUUUUGUUUGGCUAAAGGAAAAGGCAUUUAUACGAAUAAAAUUAAUUUUAAUUUAUUGUUACAUUGUUAUCUACCUAUAGUCUAUAAUAAAUUAUUAUUUUGAUAAGUUAAAUACAGCGUAACCUAUGAUAUAUUGUGACUUGAUUUUGCAAUUCACUGAAUUUUAAAGAGUAUCAAAUUAUCAUAUUGAUCAAUGAAAUCAAUAAGGUAGUCAAAUAUAAUGUGAAGUAGGUUCAAUCGACGCAAUGAAAUAAAUAAAUAAAUAAGAAGGAAAUAAUUAAUCAAGCUGAUUAAUUAUUUCUCUUGAAUAGAAAAAUCAAUUAUUUUUUAUUUACUUUAGAUACGUAUACUGUUUUGAUACCGGUUUUUUCAUCACAACUUUCAUCAUUAGGUUUUAUUUAAUUUAUAUAGAAAAUACAUUUUCCUAUUAUUAUAUUAUUAUUAGCAUAAAAUUAAUAAUGAGUCUCAUAAUUUGACAACGUUCAUUUACAUUAAACUUUUCUGUGUAAAAUUAAAUAUAUAUAUUUUUGAUUAUUUAAUAAUAGAAUCUGAUCCAAUGUUAACCAUAUUUCAAAUCAAGUAAAACUUUUGUAACCAUUUUAUAAAGGCUGCUUAUCAAGUUAUUUUUUCACUAUUGUCUAUAAAGACUGAUUUUUCAAAGGCAAAAAAAACUUUUAUUGCAACAUAAAAUUGUACUCAUUAUUUUGUAAAACAAAUCGUUGACACAAUUUUAUUUCACAUUAAGUGUCAAAUUUUACACUUAAAAAGAUAACAAGUGGGAACAUUGUAACAUAUUUUAAAUAUAAUAUUAGUGCAUAGAUGUAAACAAGUGUGUUGAACGGAAAGAGAUAUAUUGUACGAUUACUAUAGCAAAGUCUCUUAUCAUUAGAGUUUAUGUCCGAGAACACGAGAAACUCAUUUUAAGUUAUGAAAAGACUUCCAUAUUUCAGACUUUAAUUUAAGUUCAUAAAGCAAGUUUUACAAUACCAUGUAAAUUUAGUGUUUGUUUUCUUAUAAUAUAUGUAUUGUGUCGAUUAUAUUUAUGUAGCAAAGAAAAUAUGAAACUUUAUCGUUCCUGAGUGGGAUAUCAUUUAAAGGGCAUUUAUAUGUAAAUGCAAUUUGUGCACAAUUGCUUUUCUUCUGUUUCUUACAAUGUAUCUCUAAAAUAUUUCCGUUGUCGGCUGUCUUUCUAUAUUUUUUUGACUACAUGUUGUACAUAUUUACUUAGUCUUAAUUAUGUGUUACUUUAUCUUUCCAGUGGGAUUUUGUUUUGUAUUUAACAAUAAACCACAAACAACUUGUAAAUAUUAAACACUAAUAAUCGUCGCACCUUUAAAUGAGACGAAAUGUAAACAAACCCAAAAAUCUUUGGUAAGUACUUGAACAUGGAACAAAACGAAAACUCGUAUCGAACAUUCCAGAACGAGGUUUCAAACUUUUGACAGUAUUUUUAUUUUAUGAGUCUGGAUACACGUUAUUUUGGGCCCCUUACCAACUUUUAAUGUCAAUUAAUAAAUAACGCAUGACGCUAUUUUUUAAGGCGCAUACGUUCCAGUCAAACGUUCCAAAAACAGUAAUAAUGUUUUAAAACAAUUUAAAUAAUUUAUUUAUAUAAAAAAAGUCAAUGAAACAUAUCUAUCAACAGCCAAUCGUUGUCCACUGCUGAACAUAGGCCUCUCCCAAAAUGCGCCAAAGCUCCCUGUCCUCCGCCUUCCGCAUCCAGUUGGUGCCCGCCACCUUCUUAAGGUCGUCGGUCCAUCUGGCUGGAGGGCGCCCUACGCUGCGCUUGCCGAUUCGCGGUCUCCACUCUAGGACUCGUCUGCUCCAACGGCCAUCGGUCCUACGACAUACGUGACCAGCCCACUGCCACUUCAGCCUGCUAAUUUUGCAAGCUAUGUCGGUGACUCCGGUUCUUUUCCGGAUAAUCUCAUUUCUGAUCUUAUCCUUCAAAGAUACUCCGAGCAUAGCUCGCUCCAUAACACGCUGAGCGACUUUGAAUGAAACAUAACGAAAUCUAAUUUUAAACCAAAGAUUUAAUACACCUAAUAAUCUCUACUCUAAGCGACGCUGCUACUGUUUACAUUUCGUGUCACAUGAAAGUGCGACGAAAAGUGCGUAUGGUUUAAUUUUUAAAUAAAAGAAAUAAAAACUUAAUUUAUGUUUUCAAUUAAAAAUCUUCCAUUUAUACCGAAGUGUAAAAAAUAAUUUUAUUAUGCUAAUUAUUAUUAUAAUCUCACUGGUGUCUAUUCCAAAGCUUAAGUUCUUACUAUUUUCUUAUUCUUUGCUUGAUGCCAAAAAAGUUAGCUGCAAAAGUUCUAUUAUUCAAUAAUAAUGUAAUACCAUUCUCUUUUCUAUUUAGGUUAUACGAAUGUCGAUGGAUUGUGAGCGCGAAACACUUCGAAAUAAUAUAAUGGAUAGAAAGUAUUCCAAAUCAUUUUAAAAAUAGACAAUAACGGACUAUAAAAUUAAAAUAUUAUGUAUACAAUAAAAUAUACAAAUUAUAUAAUUUUACCAUUUCAAAAAUAUAUAUAUACAUAACCUAGAAGUAUUAUUCACGUACACACUUCAUCGAUAUUAUUACUCAUUACUAAUUAAUUAUAGAAUUAAUGAGUAAAUUCCAUAAUAGUACUAUUACUAUGAGUGAGCUCUCCCUUGCUUGUAGAUGGAAUGUUUUAAAGAAUGUUACCUGGAUUCCGUAAAUGCAACCUUCUUAUAGUCAAUGAUAAUUUUUAGAAUUAGGUUUACUAAUAAGAAAAAUACCUUGUUUUUAUUAUUUAUUUGUUUCAAUGGAAAUUAUAUAGGUAUAUUUUUAUUAUUGUAACCUACAUAGUUACGUUGGCUGUAAUUUAAUAUUGAUGUAAAAGUAAUAUAUGUAUUUUUAUUUCAA